AUGCCGUCCGCUUCGUCGUCGUCCUCGUUGGCGACGUCCGGAACAGGCCGUGGCGGCGGCAGCGGUAGGGUCUCCGCUUUCACCAUGCGGGCGGUGGCGCGCAUGUCGAGGGCGCGGUGGUUCAUCUUCCUGAGGCGGGUGUACCAGUACCAGAACGGCCCGAGGUCCGACCUGGGAUCGAACCCCUUCAACUCCGCCGGCUGGCUCGCCUUCGAGCUCGGUGUGAUCGUCGCUCAGAUGGCCAUCACCACAGCCAUCGUGGCCACCUCCCCCAAGGAGCGCCCCGCGUGGCCGCUCAGGCUCUGGGUCGCCGCGUACAACGUUGGUAACGUGCUUAGUCUCCCGCUUCUCUAUUGGCGACACCGGCAUUCCUCGGCUGCCGCCGGCCGUGGCGACGACCCUGAGAUGCACGGUGCCAGUGACGCUCUAAGGAACAGCUCGUAUCUGAUGAACAAGGCUAGGGCGUUCCUGGAGCUCUUCUUCGCGAUGUGGUUCGUGAUGGGCAACGUGUGGGUGUUCGACGCGCGGCUCGGGUCGUUCCACCGCGCGCCGAGGCUGUACGCGCUCUGCAUCGGCCUGCUAGCGUGGAACGCCGUCGUAUACUCGCUCCCAUUCCUCCUCUUCCUCCUACUCUGCUGCUUCGUCCCGGCCGUCGGGUACGCGCUCGGGUACAACAUGAAUUCCGCCUCCGUCGGCCGGGGCGCCUCCGACGAGCAGCUGGACGAGCUGCCGCGGUGGCGGUUCAAGGAGAUGGACGCGCCCAGAGAUCGCGAGCACGACGAUCAAGAAUGCUGCAUAUGCCUGGCGCAAUACAGGGAGAAGGAGGAGGUGAGGCAGCUGCCGUGCACACACAUGUUCCACCUGAAAUGCGUGGAUAGGUGGCUGAGGAUCAUCUCCUCUUGCCCUCUCUGCAAGCAAGAGCUCAGCUGAUCGAUUUCUGCAUAUAUACGGUGGAACUGUGAUUGAUCAGUGGAGCUUGCAUUCUAAGCCAGAGAUGCGUCGAUCGGAUGGCGCGGCACAGUCGGAUGCAUGCACCACACCUUACUGACCUCUUUCGCCAACCCUGUACUAACUCGAGACGCUGACAAGCGAUGGAUACACUGCAGUUGAAGCCAGAGAUAGGUUAAUUAGCCAUCUUGGGCAGGUAGAAAAUGUGUACAGAUAUUGUUGUUUCCUUUUGUUAUUUUUUACUCCGCACGUCUAGUUUCUGAAUAGCAACCCAUGUUACAGACGCUUAUCAUCAAAUUUUCCUCAACCUCAACUAAACAAUGGUAUAAUGCCAAAAUAGAAUUGUUAGAUAUUGGUGUCAGGUUCUCCUAAUAAUUGUUAAAAUAAUUAGCAGUUUUCGCAUUAAUUUAAUACAAGCAUAAAACAAGACAUAGCAAUUUCCAAGAUUA